CGAGGCCCCGCUCCUGGUGCUCCUCUAAGCGUGGCUCCCCGUUACAGCCACCUCUGUGGCCAGCAUGGUUUCUGCCUGGCCCGAUCCAACGUCCCUGCCCUGACCUGCAACAGGAGAGACGCCGGAGAAGAGCUGAUGAGCCCUGCUGUUGUCACGGAGGAAUCACAUCCUUCAGGAGGGUUCCUUGCUGGGGUCACCCCCAGGUUGAGGGGCUGAGGGCUUCACAUCUUCCCAGCGACCCUCUGGGCAGGAGUUGAGCCGGGAAAUGAAAGCUGUGGCCAAGCAGCCGCCCUCCGCUUCGCACCCCCUUGGAGGUGGGAGAUAACCCCCGGGGUGUCCUCAGCCACCAGCUGUGGGGAGCGUGGGCCGCAGCGAGGAUGCUGCAGCAGUGAAGGAAGGAGCUGGUGAUGCUUCCUGGUCCGCUGUCAUGUGGCUGCUGACGGCACAGGGACGAAACGGCUCACGGUUCACGGCUCGGUGAGUUUUUCCGGAGAGGCCUUCCUUGCCCGCGAACUGCUCCACCAGCCACGGGGAGGACUAGGUCCUCCAUCACACAUUCACCUUGGGGGCUCCGGAGGGUCCCCCAACCCCACAGGGAAUCAGGGGAGACUCUUCGGGAAAACGAAACUCGCGGGUGAACGCUGCUCUAAGCCGUCGCUCGAAUGCCCGACAGCCCCACCGCCCCCCGGCCGCCCGGCCCCGCCCCCCCAGCAGACGGAGACACCACCAGUGCCCCCAUGGAGACGAGACCCCAGCUGAGUACAUCCCAGUGCUCCACUCCAUCCCGUCUGUCCACAGUGGAGGAUGACUUCCAGUUUGUCCUUUGUGAGGGAUGCCAGCAGGAAUUGCCCAAUCUCAAGCUCCUCACCUGCCUUCACACCUUGUGCCUCAAUUGCCUGAAUGAGAACAAGCCCAUUGGGCAGUGUCCCGUGUGCCGGACGGCCAUCCCGCAGGCCAGCGGCAUCCCCAACAUGGAAAACCUGCUCUUCAUCAACCUGCAGGCCAGACUUAAGGUCUACAAGAAGAUCAGCAAUGGCAGUGGCCCAAAUUGCAGCCGGUGCCGGGGGGAACUGGCGGCAUCAUGGUGCUCUGAGUGCGAGGAGUUCCUCUGCACCAAGUGCUUUGAGGACCAUCAGUGGUUCUUCAAGAAGAGGAACCACGAGGCCAAGAGGGUGGAGGAGCUUCGUGCUGAGUCAGCCCAUCGGUUCUUAGAAGACACCAGAAAGUCCUGCAACCUCUUUUGCUCCACUCCUGGUCAUGCCAGCCAGGGCCACAUCUCCAGCAUCUACUGCAACAAGUGCGAGAAGGCGCUGUGCUGCAUCUGCGCGCUGCUGGACAGCCAACACGGGUCCUUCUGCGACAUCCGCAGCGAGACCCAGCGCAGGCAGGAGGAGCUGAGCACCAUGGUCCAGGAGCUGAAGCAGAAGAGAAGCAGCUUUGAGGCCACCUACUCGGUGCUGCAGGAUGAGGCUGCGCGGCUGGAGCAGGCACAGCGGGAGAUGCGGGAGCUGAUCCGGGAGCGUGUGGAGCAUCUGGUGCAGCUGAUCCGGCAGGAGGAAGAGGAGCUGCUGGUGCUGGUGGAGACGCAGCAGGAGCAGGGCCGGCAGGAGCUGGCAAGGGAGCUGCAGCACGUGGAGGGGAUGCUGCGGCGGAUGGAGGCGAGCGAGCGGCUGGUGGAGAAGAUGAACCUCUAUGCCACGGAGCAGGAGGUGAUGGACAUGCAGCCCUUCAUCAAGAAGUCACUGGAGGACCUGCAGUGCCUGCAGCCAGUGACAGCUAGGGAUCGACCACAGCCUGGGGACUUUCCCGAGUGCAGAGCCAGGCUGCAGGCACUGGUGGAACGUGUCACAGGGCACCCAGGUAUUAAUUCCCAAGCUGUCCCCACAGCUGAGGUGGCCCUGGAGAACAAUCUGCAAGAGGAGCCAGUCCAGCCUGAGAGCCAGACCGCCAUGCCCACCUUCACCAUCAGCCUCGCAGAGAUGCACACGAGCCUGGCUCCCCCUGCCACCACGUGGCUCAAGCGGUGUUUGCACAGCGUGGAAACAGGCAGCCAGAUUUCACCCAAACUACUGAAGCUGGAGUGUGACGACAUGCCAAUCGACAUUGAUCCCAGUUCAGACCAGUGGGAUGACAGAAGGGAGCCCAGCACCUCCACGCUGAGCCGGAACUGCAACAGCAUCCCUGCCGCCAGAAGCUUCCCUACAGUCUUGAAGCUUCAGCAUCCUCCUGUUGCUUCCACAGAAGACAUGGGCAUCGUCAUCUCCAGCUCAGAGGACAGUGAGGAUGACGCAGUGGCAUCCACCAAGCCUCCGGACAGCAAGGAACCCUCCAGCCCAACAUGGUCUGGGAGUGGCACCUCACCCUACCACAGCCACAGCCCUGUCAUCCCUGCCAGCCCCAGGGAUGAUGGGUCGGAUCUGAGCACCUUGGUAUUCCUCAGCGUGACGGUUGACCAGAAAACCCGGCGCAUCACAGAGCUGGCAGCAGCCAACGGAGAGUACACCUUCAAGACACUGAUUCAGACGCCCGAGUCGGUGCUGGCGCUGAUGUCCCAAGGUUUCCCCAUAGAGGUGGGGAUACAGCACCUCAUCUGGUAUCUCUCCCGUCUCCCAAGGCCCAUCCUCAUCGUCUAUAACUUCUGGGCACUGGAGCUGCCCGCUCUCUUUAAAGCCCUGGAUGACACAGGCAAGAAAGUGCACUUCUGCCACCUUGUGGGUGGUUAUGUGGAUAUGUUGUCCUUGAUCAAAGAAAAGCUGCCCGGGGCCCCUUCCUACAAGCUGAAGAACCUGCUAAAAAGGCACCUGCAGCAGCAGUUCAACGAGGGCAGCGCCCUGGCCACAGCCAAGGCUUUGCAGAAUCUUUGGGAAGCCCUGGAACUCCCUGCCCAAGCUGACGCGAGAACGAUGCUCACCCACUGCAACCUGCAGAGCUACACCAUGCUGCAGCCCUUGGUGCAGGAGAAGCUGCUCUCCAGGAGGAUGGCCAAGAUCCUAGCCCAGCGCAACCUCAUCCUGUGGGAGCUGGAAGAGGCAUGAGCGCAACCGUAGGGUGAACUGGGCUGGCUGGGGCUCAGACUAACCAUGCCAGGGAUGCAGGGAUGCUCCUCAGGGAUGUGGGGAUGCGCGUCAGGGAUGUGCACCAGGGAUGCAGGGAUGCUUCUCAGGGACGUGCAGCAGGGAUGCCGUUAGCAGCAGCAAACAGGACUCAUAGACCCUCUGUCCUUCCAGCAUGGGACUUAAGAGGUCCAGGACCCUGGAUCAGCUCUCAGAGGGGGAAGAAAUCAUCCAAUCUAAUUAAUAUCUUUAUGAAACGAAUUACACAGCACAGCGUAAUUUGUUAGGGUGUCUCCACCCCUCCUCUGCCCAGCCAGGCGAGAGAGGAGAUACUCAGAGCGCUGUUUGCUCUGCCCAGGCAGCAGCAGGUACCUUGUUCCCCCCAAGCCCCUGGAGCCUGGAUGCCACCCCGGUGCCAGGCGGAGGGUGCUGGCGGUGUCCCCAAGCCGACGAGGCAGUGCAGGACACGCACCACCAGGUGUCCUCUGUGUACAGCCGGUUCCUCUGCUUCUGCACACCCGGUCGUGCACAAACACACACA